AUGGCAACAGAGGACAGGGAGAUGAUGGAAGGCCGGGGGGCAGGAGAAAGCUGCCCAACCUUCCCCAAGAUGGUGCCUGAUGACCCCAUGUCCGAAGGGAAGUCAAAGGCUUCUUUGGCCCAGGAGGCAGAGUCCCCCAAGCCAGACUCGUCCUACGACUACCAUGAGGAGAUGGAAACUUGUGAGGACAGAGGCUGCCCGGGGCCACCUAAGUCACUCUCCUCCAAGGCCGGCCCCGCCACCACCAAGGGCCAGGAGGGCGAUGGACCUGAACGCGCAGAGCCGCCCCUGGCCCCAGCCGCAGCGGCGCCGGGGACCCCAGGGCCCCAGCGAAACGACGAGAUGGAGCUGGAGAAGAUGCGCAUGGAGUUCGAGCUCGAGCGGCUCUGGUACCUGCAGGAGGAGAACGAGCGGCAGCGGCAGCACGAAGAGGUGAUGGAGCAGCUGCGGCAGCAGGCGACGCCCCGCCUGUUCUCGGGAGGCCUCCAGGAUCUCCUGCUUCCCCAGAACCAAUUCGCCAUGUUCCUGUACUGCUUCAUCUUCAUACACAUAAUCUAUGUCACCAAGGAGAUGGUCUUCUUUCUCUUCUCCAAGCACUACCUGUUCUGCAUCGUGGCCAUGUUGCUCUGUUUGAUUAAAACUUUAUGGUCAUACUUCCAAAGAAGGCCUCCAUCCAGAAACCAGAGCCAGGCCGGGAAUGAAGAAUGUAACAAACAUAAACGUCUGUUCAGACCCUACGACGUGCACACGCAGCGUCAGCACCAGAAGAACAAGGCAGCAGGGACCACAGAGAAGAAUGAAGACACAGUCCCUACCGACAAAGAUCUGUGUCGAAAAAGAUGGGCCGAGGAGACAAAGCAGCUGACAGGAAAUAACGGCAAUGCACGAAGAUGCACCCAGCUGGUCACAAGAGAUGAGUCCAAGUCGCCCCCAGACACCGAGUUGUCUAAUGGAGAACUCCAUCAGGCACAGGAUACUUCACAGGAGAUCCAGUCGACUUUCCAGAGUAUUGGAAACCAUUAUUCUCUGAUCACCACUGUAGACCUCCACACCUCCAGCCGCAUCUGUAGCCAGUUGCACCCCUCUGUCAACUUGGACUUCCACACGUUUGUGGGAGACUGUCGUGUAUUGAGGGAUGGCUUUUUGCACUGCAGCCUCCACCAGGAGGAGGUCCUGCGGCCUGCAGCGUACAAUCACCACGGGCUCCAGCAGUCGGAGCAGCCCCUGGAGCACGAGUUUAUCCAGCAGCCCCUGGUAAAAUACUGGGUCUGCCACGAGCCUGCUGAGUCUCAGCUUUGCAUCAUUCAGCAACUCUGA